AUGAGCGACAGCGAUGACGAUGAAACACUCCAGUACAAGAUCAUUCUUCUGGGAGAUGGGACGGUCGGAAAGACUUCUAUAGCGAUGAGGUUUACCAACGAUGAAUUUGGACAGCAAUACAAACAGACCAUCGGAGUUGACUUCAUGCUACGGCGUCUGGAGCUGCCGGGAAACACAAGGGUAGCGCUUCAGAUCUGGGACAUUGGAGGUCAGAGUAUUGGCAGCAAAAUGCUCGGCAGCUACAUCUUUGGCUCACAAGCAAUCAUCAUCGUAUACGACAUCACCAACUAUCAAUCAUUCCAGAACGCAGAAGAUUGGCUUGCGCUUGUCAAACGGUCUUUCCCCGACGAGAAGGACCUUCCUUACAUGGCUCUUGUGGGAAACAAGUUGGAGGUGGCGUCCAAGGUAGUGAAGGCGGAGAUCAUCGAGUACCAGCAGGGCAAGGGGCGAGAAGCUGCGGUGGAGGGCGAGGAGAGGGAAGUGAAGAAGAACAAGAAGUGCUCUGUACAGUGA